UUCAGGAACUAUGUCUAUAUGGGAACAGAUUAGGCUUUUAAAUUUCAUCAUCCAACCUAAACCACGCAACUGACGCAAGCUACAUACUAAAACUACGUAAUGAUUGUAAUGGAAGUGGUUCUUCAAUAUGUCUUAGUUGUGAUGAUUGAUUCAUUCGUUUGACGUGUAAAUAACGCGAGCAUGGGGGCUCAUGUGUAUUGAUAACUGAUUAUCAAUUAUACUCUUAUAAAUUUUAGGUUUGUCAGAAAGGCAAUUCUUUACGGAAAACAUAUCGAAAAUUGAAGACUUUAUUCCGGCUAAAGAAAAAGACAUUAUGGUGAAGUACGGCAUUGAAAUAUUUGGCAGAGUGAAGCCAGGGAAAGGUCGAAUUGGGGACUAUGAUUGUGACGAGGGAGAUGAUGGCUAUUCCUAUGUCUCUUUUAACAUCCCAAAAGAUCUUGCUCGCGAUUUUAUCAACAACAAGAAGGAAAUAUAUAAAUUCAGAUUCAAUAAGGCAUUUGACAGAGACACAAAACAAGAUGAUAUUUUUGAACACGUAGCAAGAGGCGUUAUUGACAAUGUUUUAUCCGGCUAUAAUGGAACAAUCUUUGCAUAUGGACAGACGGGAUCUGGCAAGACUUUCACAAUUACUGGGGGAGCGGAGAGAUAUGCGGACAGAGGAAUAAUUCCAAGAACCUUGUCAUACAUGUUUGAAUGUUUUGAAAAGAACCCAGAAUAUGUUUACACAUCACACGUUUCUUACCUGGAAGUCUACAAUGAAAAUGGAUACGAUCUCUUGGACCCAAAGCACGAGGCGGCUAAACUUGAAGAUUUACCAAAAAUUGCUUUGAUGGAAGAUAAUGACGGAAAUAUUCAUUUGAAAAACCUCUCUUUACAUCAAGCGAACAACGAAGAGGAAGCGCUGAACUGGUUGUUUCUCGGGGACACAAAUAGAAUGAUUGCGGAGACACCAAUGAAUCAAGCAUCCACAAGAUCCCAUUGCAUCUUCACGAUUCACAUUUCCUCCCGCGAGCCUGGGUCAGCGACGUUAAGAAGAGCCAAGUUGCAUCUUGUUGAUCUGGCUGGUUCUGAGAGAAUUCACAAGACUGGCGUUGAUGGUACGAUUUUGACCGAAGCAAAAUACAUUAACCUAUCACUACAUUACCUUGAGCAGGUCAUCGUCGCUUUAUCAGAGAAAUCAAGAACUCACAUUCCGUAUCGUAAUUCCAUGCUUACUUCAGUGCUGAGAGACAGUUUGGGAGGAAACUGUAGAACAACAAUGAUAGCAACUUUAUCAGUUGACCGCAAGAAUAUUGAUGAGUCCAUUUCAACGUGUAGAUUUGCACAGAGGGUGGCCAUGAUAAAGAACGAUGCUGUUUUGAACGAAGAAAUUGAUCCGAAACUUAUGAUAAUCAAAUUGAAACAGGAGAUUCAGCAACUAAAAGACGAACUAUCAAUGUCGUCUGGAAUGGAGUACAAGGGUGAACUGACGGAAGAGGAAAUUGAAAGGUUGAAAUACAUGAUCAAGACGUAUAUUGAGGACAAAGAUCCCGAAUCCUCGCUGUUGGUUGGAGCUGAUAUGAGGAAGAUCAAUUUGUCGUUUAAAUUGUUUAAGGGUCAUGUCCUAGACAGAAAGCCAAGCAACUCUCCUGAUACUGCGAGGUCAAACGGUUCGCUACAGCGGGACAAUUCAUAUCUCAGUGAUCAGAAUGAAGCAACAAAACUAAAGGAAUUAAUUCAUCAGCGAGACAACGAGAUUAAUAUCUUGGUUGGGAUGUUGAAACGGGAGCGAGAACGUGUUCAAGGGAAUUCUAAGCCGUCAAGUAGUGAAAGUAUUUCUCAUGAAAGAAGUAAAGAGAGAAUAAGCAGAAGAACCCAACCAACGUCUUCGAGCAGUGAAGUAUCAUCCGAUAAACAAAGACAGACGCUUGAGGAGCGACAACAACCUGUGGCAACGAGGGAAGAGGCGAAUGGACACUCCACAAAACCAUCACAAUCGCAACAAAUGAAAGAUGAUAUGUCCCAGGGGAGACGUGAGGCGUUUGAAGUGUUUCGUGCUGACUACCCUCACAAUUCCAACAUUGAAGAAAAUAAACGAACACUGAAACAAAGAUACGGUGAAGCGAAGACUCUUGGAGAACAGGUCAACAAUUCAAGGAAGAAAAUAAAUACUCUUAAAACACAAAUUGAACAGCAUAGAAUUCGUCGUUCAAUGCAAGUGGAAGACGAUGGCCAGAACGAUGAAGAGGACAGACUGCGCAGUGCUAUCGAAGAUGAAAAAUCCAGAUACAAGGAAGCGUUCACUCGUCUGCGUUCACUGAAAACAGAAAUUGAACACCUGCAGCAUCUCCUGGAAAAGUUCAAGGUUCAAAUGCAAAAAGAUUUCGAAGUUUGGUGGAACGAGCAGUCGUCGCUGCCUCAGAGAACGCAGAGUAAGAAGGUUGCCUCUGCGUGGAAGACACCCACACCCCCCUUAUCUCCGAUUAAACCCCAGGAAAACCGCCCCCGUGCGUCGACCGACCCUCGUACCCCGGGUCGGGUAGGAGGGGCUGAUCACUGGAGAAACCCUGCUGGAUCUGAGGAAUCUUCAAGAGAAGAUAAACGACAUUCCUCUGCAGAGGGAGGAAGAUCGAUGAAGAACGCUUAUGAAGAUGCCAAACGAUACAGUUCAUCGAAUGGAAAAGCGUCGCUGAAUUUAACUGGUGACAGUCAGGCAGAUGAAGAUAUUAUGGCAUUCAUUCGAGCAAGACAGUCGUUACUCGACAAACGGCGAGGCUCCAAUCAUAAAUAACAUCGGUCUAGUUCAAGCUGUAAAUAACUGAACAUUCAUAUCAAUUUGAAAAUUCGGAACGCAAAUACUUUUGUCGGAUGUGACCAAGCCUACGUCAUGGUGCGUUAACAUGACGUCUUUAGCUCUCCGUAGAGUGCCACUUGCAUCCUUUGCCAAGAGCCUCAAGUACUUCUCUAAAUUUUCUCUACCUUUUGACUGACACUAUCCUGUCGCAUGGUCGUAUGCAGAAGGUCCAGGCUAGUCUAUUUCUACAAGAUUAAACGUCUAGAAAGUACUAUAAUCAGCAAUACCCAGCAAUACGAACGUUCAUAUUGAAAUCAUCGUAUCACGUCAGAUAUUUCUAACAACGUUCAGCCGUUGGCGGGAAAGGCGCCUGGAACGAACAGAAAUACAUCAUCGAAUACCAGCACUUAUCAAUAAUCACAGUAUAUCAUAUUUCUAUCACUACACUAUACAAUAGAAACACUUUACUACAGCGAUAUGCUUGAAAUAACAUGACGUACUGGGGACAGUGAAUAAUAGCGAAGAAGUAAAACUUUCAUAAAUGUCAAAAUGAAAGAUUGAAAACUUUGUCUUUGCA